AGUUAACGUUCAUUUCAGGGAUUCCACCGACCCGUGCGGUGAUCGGUAUGGCAAUUUUCAUGGUAUGUUUCUUCAACUAUAUGCUGAGAGUCAACAUGUCCAUAAACCUAAUCGCAAUGGUCCAGCCCAUUACCAACAACAACAAAACGCACAUAGCCGAAUGUCUGAUAAUAAAUGGAAAGAUGAAUCAAUCUGACGACUUCUCUCAAUUGUCCGUUGUACCAGACUACGGUGUACGGUACACGUGGACCUCAAAGCAGCAAGGGCUGAUAUUGGCGGCGUAUUUUUGGGGAUCAAUUCUGACGUCGAUACCGGGCGGAUACCUGGCGGAGAGGUUUGGCCCGACGAAAACUAUAGCCAUUUCGAAUAUUGUUUCGGCGCUGGUUACAUUUCUGACGCCGUUUGUCGCUGAUUGGAGUUGGAUUGCGGUUAUUGCGUUUCGUUUUAUACUGGGAUUGAUGGCGGGGGUCUGUUACCCGGCUCUCCAUUGUAUGGUGUCGCGGUGGGUCCCGCCCGACGAGAAAGGGAAAUUUGGAGGCGCUCUUCUAGGAGGCACAAUUGGAACGGUGGUCACGUGGCCACUGAGCGGAUCGAUUAUAGAACAUUUAGGUUGGAGCUGGGCCUUUUAUAUACAAGGGGGUUUGGUACUGGCAUUUUCUUGCGUAUGGCUGAUUGCUGUUGCCGAUUCUCCCGAUACGCACCCACGGAUUUCAAAGGAGGAAAAGUUUUAUAUAAAUAAAUGUUUAGGGGAGGGCGUUGGGAAAGUGAAGGCAACUCCACCAUAUCUCAAAAUCUUUGCUUCAAUACCGUUUUGGGCGUUAGCAAUUUUGCAUUUCGGAAACCUUUGGGGACUGUACUUGCUGCUGACGGCCGGCCCGAAAUAUAUGUCGGAGGUUCUCGGUUUUAAUUUAGGCCAUUCUGGCCUAUUAGCUGCCUUACCUUAUCUGGCACGUGCGAUUUCUGGAUUUGUCUUUGGGUUCGUCGGGGAUGUGCUCAGGAAACAUCAGUGCUUAUCAGUAACAACUAUUAGAAAGCUCUUUGUGACAACGUCACACUUCCUGCCAGGAGUACUCUUACUUACAAUUCUAUGCGCCGGAUGUAACAUCACAUUGUGUAUAGCUCUAAUCACACUUUCGCUGGGAUUUAACGGCUCGUCCAGUAUUACAAAUAUACAAAAUAAUCAGGAUUUAUCCCCCAACUUUGCGGGUACCAUUUACGGGAUAAUCAACUGCAUCGGGGGUACUACGGGUUUCUUUACACCCAUGAUCACCGGUUAUCUGACCGCUGAUCACAAUGGCCUUAAAGAAUGGCACAUCAUAUUCGCAAUAGGGGCAUCUGUAUACAUUUCCACCGGAAUUGUGUUCUGCAUAUUUGGUUCGGGUGACCAACAACCGUGGAAUCAAAUUGAUACCAAACAAGUUGAAGGCGUCGACAAUGCCGCAUUCGACGGCGGAGCGUCGAAAGAAACUCAGACAACAGAAAACACUAAGGUUUAGUAUCUGUGAUGAUAAUUUUUAAGGUUUUGACUGAGCCUAAUUUAUUUAAUUGUAAUAUUUUAAACGAAACAUAAUUAUUUUAUAGUCGCAUUUCUAAGAUUGUAUAGUACCUACUUUAUGUAAAAAUCACAAUAAAUACCUAUUUUGUAAGCAA